AAAACAACCUUCCUCCCUGCGUUAUGGGCCUGCUGGGGUGUUCAAGGAAGAGGGCGGGAAAGCACUGGUUUCCUGCGAGGCGUUCAUUACUCUACGUGCAGUCCCCGCCAUUUCAGUGCCUUGUUUACAGUGCUGGGUGAGGUGAGGGGAGGGCAAGAUGGCCCCGCGAGGCAAGAAAAAGAGUGCUCCAUCGUCUCCAAGGAAGCAGCUCAGCAUCCAGCGCUUCCUCUCCCCACCCAAGCCCAGAGAGAGUCCCAAGAAGAGGAAGGCACCGUCAAAGGAUGAGGAAAAGGUCGUGCCAAUUGUCAAGCCUGAGAAGACAACCUCAACUUCAAGCCCAAGGAAGAGGGCUCGCAGAGGGGCUGCAGCUGGUGGCGAUAGCACCAAGAACAAUAACAAUAAUGAAGAGAAGGAAGUUAUGGAAGUAGAAGCAGCAGCUACAAAUAACAACAACAAUAACAAUAAUAAUAACAAUGAGAAGACAAAGAAGAAGGGUGGGGGGAGGGGGGCCAACAACAAGGCUCCCUCCCCUACUGCCACUUCCACUUCCACUGCUACUGACACUGCAACUUCCACUUCCACCGCUACUGCCAUUUCCACUUCCACUUCCACCGCUACUGACACUGUUACUGCCACUGCUGCCCCCUCUAUCACUGCUACUCUUCGGGGGGCGAGGAAGACCAGGGCAGGUGCCAAGGCUAAGGGAGCAAAGUUUCCUAAAGAAGUUGUACAUGUGAGCAAGGUAAACGUGAAGCCUGAGAGAGUGAAGGCAUCGCCCCACAAAGUGGAGGAAGAGGUAAAGACAAAUGAGGAGUUGGAGGAUGAGGAAGAAGAAGAACUGCAGCAGGUGGGGGACAGUUUUGAUGAGGAGUUUAUUGGCCGUGAUACCCUCCCAGUCACAUCCCCGGAACCUACAGGGAGUGAGGACAGUCGUGACGGCGUGAGCUUCAUCUCAGCCAACCCCUCUCACAUGAAUGCCAAGAUCCUGCAGACAGGCCCACCGCAGCCUAAGGAGCCCAAGAACAACUUUAAAUGCAAGGUGUGCGACCAGUGGUUCCCCAACCGGUACUUCCAGCGCAAACACAUGCUCAUGGAACACGAGAAUCAGCUGUACGAGUGCCGUGUUUGCAGCUUCAACUCCGUCAACCCAGAGAAGCUGAAGAGCCACAUCAUCAAGCAGCACGUCAUCAAGAAGGAGCGGAGCGAGCCAGUCUCCCUCGAUGAGCUCAAGGUGGAUCUGGAUGAGCUGAUCACAAAACACACACCCCGCAAAGUGAUGAUGGAAGAUGGUGUGGCGCUUGGCCGGGAUGCCAGCAACAAGAUGCGUUAUAUAUGUGCCAUGUGCGACCGCAUCUACACCAGCAAGUAUUCGUUGGAACGUCACGUCCGCUGCCACACGGGGGAGAAGCCGUACGUGUGCGACGUGUGUACCUUCUCAACAAGUUACCGUGAGCACAUGAUGCGCCACAUGACCAGUGUUCACCUCAUAGUGCACUCUGACGAACCGAAGCAGAAGUAUGUCCCUAAGCACCGUCGCAAAACUGAAGAAAAGAAUGUUUCCACUGAGGAUCCUGAAGUGGUGGAGGUGGAUGAUGGGAAGGAAGAGGGCAGCAGUUCAAGCCAGUCCAAGAAAAGAAGGAACAUCCUGCGAAAGCGUUUUGAGUGUGCUGCGUGUGGCAUGAAGGCCACACACAAGACGGAUCUAGUGAACCACAUCAAGGAGAAGCACCCAAACGCACACAUCGAGUCCCUGGACAGUGGAGACGGCUCAAAGGUCCACCUCAUUGUCACCAUGUCCAAGAAGCCAGCCCCCUCCCGCCGCAUGGUCAUCACUUGUCCGGACUGCUCUAAGGUCUUCCACGACACCUGGAAGUACAAGGUGCACAUGCGCUCCCACACUGGUGUCAAGCCGUUUGGGUGCAGCUACUGUCAGUUCUACGCCACCAGCAAGAUGACGGUGCGCGACCACAUCCACCGCAGGCACAAGGACGCUGAGAAUCCCCGCAUCCUUCUUCGCACAGUUGGAAUCGAUGGGACGGUCAGCCACGUGGAGCUCAACAUGCCACAGCGAGAGUUUAAGUGUGACCACUGUGAGGAGGUCUUCAAGGAUAAUUACCACAUGAAGGCCCACAAGAAAAAGAUGCACACCAACCAGGCCCCAUUCUCCUGUGUGGUAUGUGCCCACCGGGAGUGGGCACGCGCCAACAUCAUCAUCCACUGCCUCCAGACCCAUCCAGACAUGGAUGUGGAGGGCAUGGUCCUACGCAAUGACAAACCCUUCAGCGUGGGGCCCCUCAAGCUGCCCCGCUGCCAGCAGUGUGACAAGGUCUUCCCGUAUCAGUCCCAACUGUACAUCCACAUGAAGCAGCACACUGGUGAGCGCAACUACUUCUGUGACAUGUGUAGCUACCGCACUAACUCCAAGGCCGCCCUCGAGAAGCACAUCCUCAAGCAUCUGGAGGGGGAGGAAAACCCCAAGACCUCCACCACACGCAAAAGAAGUUCCCGAAGGAAGGCCAAGGAGGACAAGAACACCAUCGUGGAGGAGGGUGGAGAGGAGGAGGAGGAGGACCAGGACCAGGACCAGGACCAGGAUGCUCUGGUUAUAACAUCGAAGGAGAAAAAGAAGACAGGGAAGUGAGGUGGAGUCCUGAAGCUUGAUGUUCUGAACCCAAGUGCCUUCUCAAGGGACCAGUCUACUAGUGUAUAUCAGUCUUCCUGUGACACUUCCACAGACCACAUUAUUUAGUAAUAUUAUGUAGGUAACACUGCUUGUAGACUUUGGUGCUUACUGAGUACAUUUGUAUUGUUAUGAUCCAGAUGGCCUGUGCGUCAUAUAGUGAUUUGUCCGAAAGGUUGUCUUGUUUGUUAGUACACAUUGUAUUGUUAUGAUGUUUGUUGAAUUUUGAAUGUUUGUCUUUUCUACUUCCAUUGGAAAGAUGUCAAGCAAUCAACUACAGUUCAGACAAAUUGCUAUUUUAAGUUAAUUUGAAGUAUUUAGCUUAUUCUACACUUUGCUCUGCAUUUAUUUACUAUUGUGUUCUUUGCCAUUGAGAUAGACGUUUACAAUUCUGCUUUGUCAACCUCUUGCUAUGACUUUUUAGACUCCCGUCCAGUCCAGAAAGGAAUUGUGGCCUUUAAUGAAAAGCAAAACGUGCUCCCGACAAUUGCUGUUGAUAAAUUUGAGCAGCAUUCUCUCCAUGAAUUGUUUACAGAAUUUUUCCAUUUGUACACCCUAGAAUUUAAGGUUUGUCAAGAGUUAUUAACUUUCAAGUUUACAAGUGUGAUUAAUUUUAAAAGUACAUUUUUAGCUAACAGUAACUACAUUAACUGUUAAUAUUUAAGUCUUCCCUUUGUUGAGGCGUGUCUUCCCUGUGCUGGGGACCACACCAGACUGCCAAUGUCUUGUCCACCAGCAACACCGGUGCCUUCCUUCCCCUAUUGUGCCUUCAAUGCCUGAUGCAUGGUGAAGUUUAAAUAGGAAGAUUUAUGCAGUAAGUAUGAAGUAUUGAGAGUGCCUACUCUGUGUCAGCAGUAAGUUAGUGUAGAUGUGGGUAAAGUCAAGUCAGUAUUGGGAAUGAUGGGCAGUUUUCAAGUACUGUAGAGUUUACAGUGAUUAUCUUGGCAGCACAGUUUGUUCUGACAUUUUCAGUAUCAAGAAUUAGUACAAAAGAAAGAUUUGGCUGUGAAACCAAGAUUUAUAGAAAGUCUAGAUCCAUUUUUAGUUGAAAACUGUGGAUGGGAUAUGAAUUCAGAAGUUUGAUGAGACUUUAUGAACAGAAAGGUUAUGGUACUUUGUGAUUUUUAUGAUCUUGACUUUGUAUUUUAUGUGACUGCAUAGAGAAGGCUUCCAUACAUUGUGUUUGGCAAAUGUAUUUUAGUGAAAAGUUUUAUCAAAAGUUUAUUUUGAUAAAACAGUGUAUGAAUUUAAAGUUUAUCUUUAAAUAAAUUUUGGAAUAAAUUGAUCUUUGAUCA